AUCAAAACAUCCUCUUCCGCGAGACCAAAUCAUACUCCACCACGUCCCCAACGAAAGCGCAGUACUAAAGGUACGGUCACAAACCAACCUUCUCCAUCAUCAAAAUCCGCCCAGCAUCUGCAAGGACCGCCGUUUCGUGCGCUAACACUUUAUCGCAGCCUUGGGAUAUCUACCUCGUUCUGUUUACCUCAUUUUCGACCACACCACAAAAUCACAACCAUGGCCGCUGCUGCAACCGUCCCAACCUUCAAGCUUGUGCUUGUCGGUGAUGGAGGAACUGGAAAGGUACGCAUUAAGGAUUCUCUGGAUGCGCUGUCCAUGCUUGUCGCUGGAGUUCAUAUCGCUCUGGAAUCGAUAAUGGCGGCGCAUCUGAUGAUAUCGCAUCACUAACCUAACCUACGAUAGACCACCUUCGUCAAGCGCCAUUUGACCGGAGAGUUCGAGAAGAAGUAUAUCGCGACCCUUGGUGUCGAAGUUCACCCUCUCGGCUUCAGCACGGUAGGUUUAGACGACCCCGCGAUGCCGUCACUAUCUCUAACGUAGGCACAGAACUUGGGUCAAAUUCAAUUCGAUGUUUGGGAUACCGCAGGACAAGAGAAGUUUGGAGGGCUCCGUGACGGAUACUACAUCAACGGACAGUGCGGUAUCAUCAUGUUCGAUGUUACCUCCAGAAUCACCUACAAGAACGUCCCCAACUGGCACCGUAUGUCUAUAUUGCCCAGCUAUUUAUUCACCUUGACUAAUCGUUGCGAUCUAGGUGACUUGGUCCGAGUUUGCGAAAACAUUCCAAUCGUCUUGACCGGAAACAAGGUUGAUGUUAAGGAGAGAAAGGUCAAGGCCAAGGCCAUCACAUUCCACCGCAAGAAGAACCUCCAAUACUACGACAUCUCCGCCAAGUCCAACUACAACUUCGAGAAGCCUUUCCUCUGGUUGGCCCGUAAACUUGUCGGAAACCCAGCUUUGGUGAGUUUGAGAUGAUGUUUGCAACAAUUUUUUUUUACCCCGCUAACAACGUGCUAGGACUUCGUUGCUGCCCCGGCUCUUGCCCCACCAACUGCCACUGUCGAUACCGAAUUGCUCGCCACCUACCAGAAGGAAAUGGAGGAUGCUGCACAAAUGCCUCUUCCAGAUGAGGAUGAUGGUGAUUUGUAA